CUCCGUUCCAGAGCCACCCGCGACCGCAACGGAGUCGCCCCAGGCCCGACCCCGUUCCCGGUUCCCCCGCGAGACCCUCCGGGACGCGGUACCGGGGCAGCCGCAGCCCCCACCCCGGUGCCUCGGUGCCCCGGUUGGGCGGCCGGAGCCCCGAGCCCCGCUGGGGGAGGGAUGAUCCCAGCCCUUCCCGGCACGGGGCGGGACUUGGCUGGAUUCCCCGGGAUCCCGGAGAUCCUGGUGCCCAGCGCCGGCACCGGGCGGAGGCGGCGGCACCACCGGGGACCAGGGGAUCCCAAGGAGGGGGCGUAGGGGCGCCGGGGCACGAGGGAUCCCGCAGGGGGUUCCCCAGGGAGCCCCAAUGGAGGCACCGGAGCUCCGGGAGCCGGACGGGCUCUUCCCGGAUCCCCCCUCGCUCCCGGUGCAGGUACUCAGCUUCCAGCCCUUGACGCUCCCCGAGGAUGAUGUGAGUGCGGGUGGGAGGGGCGCGGGUGGGCAGGACCCUCACGGGGACACCGGGAUGUCCCGGGGAUCCCGUCACGUGUCCCCCGGCCCGGUAUCCCCGCAGGGCAGCGGAGCCGAGGAGCUGCUGAGGCUGACGGUGAACCCCGACAUCGCCUGCGGCCUCGGCACCAGCCCGGAGCCCCCCCCGGUGCUGCUGGAGGUGGUCUGUGACCUCAGCGCACCCCUGUACCCCUCGCUGUUCCCCGGUAUCCAGCUGUCCCCUCACCCCGACCCCCAGCCCACGCUCCGGCUGACGGAGGAGGAGAAGCGGCUGCUGGCGCAGGAGGGGGUGACCCUGCCUGGGGACCUGCCCCUCACCCAGGCCGAGGAGCGGCUCCUGAAGAAGGUGCGGAGAAAGAUCCGGAACAAGCAGUCAGCGCAGGACAGCCGGCGGAGGAAGAAGGAAUACCUGGACGAGCUGGAGAGCAGGGCGGCCGCGUGCUCGGCGCUGAACCAGGAGCUGCGGAAAAAGAUCCAGGAGCUGGAGAAGAGUAACGGGUCUCUCCUGCGGCAGCUCCAGGCACUCAUCAAGGAAACAUCCACCAAGCCCGCACAGACCGGCACCUGUGUCCUGAUCCUGCUCCUGUCGCUGGGGCUGAUCCUGCUCCCCAGCUCCAGCCCGUUCCACCGGGGCGGCAGCAGGGACAGCCUCGGGCCCACCGGAGUGACCUCCAGGAACAUCCUGACCCUGUCGCGGCGGGACCCAGGAACGGCCGGAGAAUCCCCGUUCCCGCCCUGGAUGUUGGGGACAGAGCUGGGAUCCGGUGUGGAGGAUGGAGCCGGGGGGGAGCCUGGGGAUGGGAUUCCUGCCCCCCAGAAGGAUCCAGGCACCAGUUCCUCCAGGCAGGACAUGACACAUGGACACGGGGAUGAGAUGUGACCGGGAGACCUCAGGAUGGGGGAACACUCCAGAAUAAACCCACACUCUGUUUGCA